AUGUCUGAUACCGGCAAUCAGUCAUCCGAACACGAAUUACCAUCCGAUCAUGAACUAGAGAAGGAGAGUGUUUCUCAAACUGUUGAUGACCAAGUUGCACAGGAUGAAGAACAAGAUGAACAAGAAGAACAAGAACAAGCUGAUGAAGGGGAAUACAAAGACCAAGAUGAAGACGACGACGACGAAGAUAACGUCUACUCUAUAAGGGCGCAUAAGAUAAAGCGUGAUGAGAACGAGAGUGCUCUGACAACCACAAAGAAGAAAAUCGUUAGAAAGUCCAAGAAGCACUUGUUGGAGGACACCGGUGUACCUCAAGGUGUUGAUACUACGGAAAGAGAAAGAGAACAAGAUUUCACAGUAGACUUUGACAAUGCUGAUCCACAAACCAGAAAGAGAAUGUUGUUGGAAGAAAAGAUGGAUCAUGCCAUCAAGAGUAAGAGUACUAGACGUAGAAGAGCUGAUGAGGAUGAUUUGGAAAGAAUGCAAGAUGACAAGAUAGAUUUCUUGAAGGACCAGAUGAUCCGUGCUGCCAACUCCGAUGUAGAAAAGAACUCCCAGGGCCAAAUAGCCACCGAGAAGUUAAAGUUGUUAAAGGAAGUAACUGAUAUCUUGUCUAGAGCCGAUUUGGCUAUCUCCAUUUUGGACAAUAAUUUGUUGGAAGCUGUGAGAUUAUGGUUAGAACCAUUGCCGGAUGCUUCGAUGCCUGCUUACCAAAUCCAGAAGGAGUUGAUCUCGUCCUUGGAAAGCUUGCCCAUCAAGACAGACCAUCUUGUUGCUUCUGGUAUUGGAAAGGUGUUGGUGUACUACCAGCGUUCCAAGAGAACAGAACCAGCAUUGAAGAAGAUAGUCGACAGAUUAAUUGGCGAUUGGACCAGACCUAUUUUGAACAAAUCCGACUCGUACAAGGAUCGUACCAUCCAAUUCCACGAAUACGACAAGCUCAGAUUCACCAACCAAUUGGCUUCAGCCAAGAGCAACAAGCCAAAGGAAGCUAAGACCUUGUAUGAAGAAAACGCUGAAAGAAGAAAGAGAGCCGCUAUUCCAAGUGCUAGAACUGCAGCCUAUAAAUUUGCCCCAAGAGUAGAUGCUUCUCUAUUAAGAAGACAACAAGGCAGAGUUGGAGGUCCUGAUGAAAGAUUCAGGAGAAUCAACUCCAAGUUGACGCUGAUGUCAAUAAAGAAGAAGACUUCAAAGAAGGGUGGUCCAUCUAUUGAAGGUAGAAACUUAACCAUUUAG